CCGGAUGUACCUUAUUAAGUCGUCCGGUCAGCUGAGAGGCCGUUCAGUACGAUAGCUAAUGUCAUCUAAAUAGUAAAAAUAAUAACAUUUGAACAGUUAUUUCUUAUUGUGCUUUGAAAACGCGAAAGAGUAGAGAUGAUUAAAGCCAUCUUGAUAUUUAACAACCACGGCAAACCGCGGCUGAUCCGAUUCUAUCAGUAUUUUGCGGAGGACAUGCAGCAGCAGAUCAUUCGGGAGACUUUUCACUUGGUGUCGAAGAGAGAUGACAACGUCUGCAACUUCUUGGAGGGUGGAAGUCUCAUCGGCGGCUCUGACUACAAGCUGAUUUACCGGCACUAUGCCACCCUCUACUUUGUCUUCUGUGUGGACUCAUCUGAGAGUGAGCUCGGCAUUCUGGACUUGAUCCAGGUGUUUGUGGAAACGUUGGAUAAAUGCUUUGAAAACGUCUGUGAACUGGACCUGAUAUUCCACAUGGACAAGGUCCAUUAUAUCUUGCAGGAGGUGGUGAUGGGAGGCAUGGUGCUGGAGACCAACAUGAAUGAGAUCGUAGCUCAGGUGGAGGUGCAGAACCGCAUGGAGAAGUCAGAGGGAGGUCUGUCGGCGGCCCCCGCUCGCGCUGUCUCCGCCGUGAAGAACAUGAACCUGCCCGAGAUUCCCCGCAACAUCAACAUCGGAGACAUCAAUAUCAAAGUGCCGAGCCUCUCCCCAUUCUGAACAAGCAUCCCAGCUGAGCUCUGCAGGGCUGAUGUACUACUGACGGCCUCUUUUCCCUGCAGCUCCCCCCCCCCUCCCCCCCUUCCCGAUUCCUCCACCCAGCUCUGUUGUUAAUACAGAGUAACAGUUUUUAUAUUGUACCACAAAACCACAGCAGCCGUAUUCUCCCCCUUCAUUCCAGUCUGUACGGGAGAGAAGCUGCUGAUUGUUUUUGAGUUCUACUGUAUACUAGUUACAGGAGACUCCAGUUGAAGGAUUUGCACAAUAAUGUAAAGCUCGAUUCUAUAAAGCAUUAAGUGUGAUAUUAAUAUCUAUGUAUUUUCUGUGAUUGUAUAUUUUCUUUUCUCUUUUUCUUCCUACCAGUUUAUUUCCCUACUUUCCAAAAGAAAGAUGAUCUUUGUUGGCCCAGCGCACAUUUUCCUACAUAUUUCUUCCAGUCCUCUGACGUUCAUCACCAGUCCUGCCUACAUUUUGAAAACGUUUCCCCUCUGUGUGGAGUGGAGCUUUUAGACAGUUUGCUAUAAUCAUUUGUCUUCUGUGUUGGGCUCCAAUUACUCAAACACAUAUUUAUCUCCUGUUCCAAAUGUCUGCUAAUAAUCUUCCCUGCACUUGGCUCCUGUCAAAAUGUAUUUUCCCUUUUCUGUAAAAUAUAGUGUUUCUGACAUCCA